UCUCGGAACCGGGGAGAUCAUGUGAUUCUCGGGGGCGGGGCUGCGCCGGCCGCUUCCCAGCCAGGCUGAAAGGGCUCGGGAAGCUAGCUGGCCUUGUUGGCCCUUAAAUCGCAUACUGAAUGACCUGGCCCCAGCUACCCUCGCCGAGCCGCGCAAAGAAGGCUGCUCCUGGCUCUCGUCGGCCUCCCAGGUUUGUUUUCUUUCUUUUCCCUAAGGUGGGCCCUUAGGUUCACCGUCCGGAGCCUGCGGCCGCCGGGAAAACCAAACCCCGAGUGUCCGGAGAGUAACCGGAAGUGCCCUCCCAGGCGGAGGGGCGGCGCCGGCUGCAGCCGGGGAGAGGGAAGAAUUGAGUAUUGUUAAUAACUAUGGACUGGAGACCUUUUGGAGCCAAAAGGAAGACAGUCUUGAGUCUUUCUUGUUAUGGAUUGUAAAUACCACAUAAAGAAUGAGUGCAUGUGAUGCUGGAAACUUGUAGAGAGGAACUACUCAUGACUGAAAGGCCUAAAACAGAUGUAUCUUUUGAGUUCUUAUCGAGAAAAUGACUAUGAAGAAAGUGAUGGGUCAGGAAGACCAGUGGAAAACUCCUUAGGAGAGAGCCAUAGAAAAUGUACACUUCAGAAGAGAGAGAUAAUCAGAGAACUCAAAAAAGGAAAAUAUAUCAUGUAUGCCCUCAGAAGGGUAAAAAGAUUUUUAUUCGUGUGCAUGAGAUUACUCAAAUAGAUGAUCAGAUAUACCAGUGCCUUGAACGUGAGCAAAACUUUUGUGAAAACUUAGCUCUUAUUAUGUGUGAGAGAACCCACACUGGGGAGAAACCUUAUAGAUGUGAUAUGUGUGAGAAAACCUUCAUCCAAAGCUCAGAUCUUAUUUCACAUCAGAGGAUCCACAGUUACGAGAAACCUUAUAAAUGUAGCAAAUGUGAGAAGAGCUUUUGGCACCACUUAGCCCUUUCAGGACACCAGAGAACGCAUGCAGGUAAAAAAUUCUAUACAUGUGAUAUCUGUGGCAAGAAUUUUGGUCAGAGCUCUGAUCUGCUUGUCCACCAGCGAAGCCAUACAGGCGAGAAACCAUAUCUGUGUAGUGAGUGUGAUAAAUGUUUCAGCCGAAGUACAAACCUCAUAAGGCACCGAAGAACUCACACGGGUGAGAAACCAUUUAAGUGUCUGGAGUGUGAAAAAGCUUUUAGUGGGAAAUCCGAUCUUAUUAGCCACCAGAGAACUCAUACUGGUGAAAGACCCUACAAAUGUAAUAAGUGUGAGAAAAGUUACCGACAUCGGUCAGCCUUCAUUGUUCAUAAGAGAGUACAUACUGGGGAGAAGCCCUAUAAGUGUGGUGCCUGUGAGAAGUGCUUUGGCCAGAAAUCAGACCUCAUUGUCCACCAGAGAGUCCACACAGGUGAGAAGCCGUAUAAAUGCUUGGAAUGUAUGAGAAGCUUUACCCGGAGUGCCAACCUCAUCAGGCACCAGGCAACUCACACUCACACUUUUAAAUGCCUUGAAUAUGAGAAGAGCUUCAGCUGUAGUUCAGACCUUAUUGUACAUCAAAGAAUUCACAUGGAAGAGAAACCGCAUCAGUGGUCUGCAUGUGAGAGUGGCUUCCUCCUAGGCAUGGACUUUGUUGCCCAACAGAAAAUGAGAACUCAGACAGAGGAGCUGCAUUAUAAAUACAGUGUCUGUGAUAAAAGCUUUCACCAGAGCUCAGCCCUUUUUCAACAUCAGACAAUCCACAUCGGUGAAAAACCAUAUAUCUGUAAUGUGGCUGAGAAAGAUCUUGAGCUCAGCCCUCCCCAUGUAUCAGAAGCCUCACAGAUGUCUUGACCAGACAAGAAGUUAUUAUACCAUAAACAAACAAACAAAAAAAGGUGUAUUUACAAUGUAAGAGAACUCAUUUAAGAUGGAGAACUCAAAGCAGAUCUCAGAUUUUCCUCAGAGCUCAGACUUUAUUGGGGACCAGAAAAUCUGCAGUUAUAGGAACUUGAGAACUGGUUUGACCAGAGAGCUGUCUUUACAGAAUGGUAUCAAUCCCUCCAGUGAGAAACCUUACAAAUGCCCUGAGUUUUUUGAAAACCUUCAGUCCAAGCUCAUGCCUGAUCACCACAAGAGGAUUUAUACAGGUGGGAAACUUACAAGUUCUGUGAAUGUGAGAAAGCUCUCUAGCAAUGCUCACCUCUCCUCAUUCCAAGAGAAUUCAGAUCAGAGGACGAUAUUUUUUUAAUGCCCUGUGAAACAGUGCUUCAGACAGUAUGCACGCCUCAUUGGACAUCAGAAAGCCCCACUGGAAAGAAACCCCAGCAGUUGUGAAAAAAGCCUCUUAACAUAACUGUGACUUUAUUACCUAUCAGAGAAGCCAUACAGGUGAAAAUUUGUGUAUUUGCCUUGAAUGUGGCAAAAGCAGUAAGUGAAGAGCCUUCUUGGGUUUGCAGCCCCCCCUCCCCCAAAAGAAGAAAAUCUGAUGAAGGACCUUAUGAAUUCUCUGAAUGAGAAAACUUCUGUCAGUGAUCAGUUCUUGUACACCAGGGAACUUGUAUAAGUGAAAGACCCUAUAAGUAACCCUAAGUCUGGGGGAGAAAAAAAAAUCCAUGCAGGAAAUCUCUACCUUAUUGGGCCCCAAAGAAACUACUCUGGAGAGCAUUUUGUAGACCUCUAUAGAGGUCUAACUGUGAACUGUGUACAUUUAACAGGUAUGAGAAGAACUGUUCUCAUAGUUAGUUGACCCCUGUAGUAGAGAUGACUUUUAAUGGAGUCGACAUGCAAACAGUUUUGUUUAGAUACCCAGGAACUUGUUCUGGGAAGAGCUAGGGCAGGUCAGAGUAGGCCUGAUGGGUUACUCAGGUAAAGAUGCUUUUCUUUUAUCUGAACCACUGAAUGAUUGCUUUACUUUCAGUUUUUAAAAUUUGGAACUCUAAUAAAAGAAAGGACUGUAAUUGAGAUAGAAAGUGUGGCAUGUGUUACUGUUGGGAAAAGAAGUACAUUGACUUUGCCUCUGUUGAUUUUCUAAUUCUUGGGUAGAACGGGGACUAGUGUGUUGAUAACAGCAUGGGAACCUUCUGCUGGUUGUGAAAAGAACCAAACAGCUAGGGAGUAGUUAUCCUAAAUCAAAACACUCCCCAGAAUUUCCCCUUUGGAGGACCAGCCUCGUAAUAAGGCAGAAUGCUCAGCAUUUUACUUGGUGUGAAUUGAGGCAUGCCCUCAGUCCUCGCCCUAAAAUAUCUUUCAGGUUAUUAAUUGGUAUUUGCAAUUUCAGCUUUAGAGAUUUGUUUUGUUAUCAACACAGAAGUGCAAAUUCCAGGAUGAUCAUUACGAUUUUGCUUGUUGCCAUAUUUUUGUGACUUCAUUUAUCACGUUUCUUUCAAUGGUAAGAGACAAUCAGUCAAUUCCUUGCAAAAUGUUUAAGGGAAGGCUGACAGAAAGACUCAAGUCUGAGUCCGCACAGAGUAAAACACCUACUGAUACAUUAUUAAUGGAGAAACGACUGAUUUUAAGAAUCCUGACUGAAGAGCUGGUGUUUUUUUUUUCCCCCCACUCCAACAUCCUGUUUAUAGCAAAUCCAAACCUCAUGAUAUACCUUUCAUUUAUUUUGAUUCUGCCAAGGAAAUAGAAUACUUUUUUACUUCUGGGGAAAGACAAGUUACCACAAUAUAAGGUGUACAUUUGGCUUGUAGAGUAGAGUUCUAAAUGCUAGAAGGGAAAAGGAGUUGGCAAAUUCAUCAGAGGUUUCAGGAUAAGCACUUAUCUCCAAUUUAGUAUAAUUAUGAUUAAUAUUCUCCAGAAAUACUCUAGUCCAGGGAUCUAUAAAUGCAUGCUUGUGAGGGUUUUUUUUUUUCCCCCCUCCCUCAGGUUAAAAGACAUUUAAUAUAAAUACUUAAGAGUCCUCCAGUAUUUGGGACUGUAAACUGGUGAAUAAGUACUUGCGGUCCUCUGAUUUAUCUUAGCAGAUCCUGAACCCUAGGCAGCAUUGGUAUUUGGACUCAUGGGGGUGGCCAGCUGCUACACGGCCACCUUGAGAAUGGCUCCAAGCUUUGAUCUUAAUGACAGGUUUGUGACCUGGAUAACCUUAGGGUCAGAGGAAUAACUCAUAGUGAUAAGGAAUCUGACUCUAGGCUGUUUUUUCUUUCUUUUAGAAAACAGAUCCUGGAAGUUUAUUUGAUCUGAGGUGUUUUGGUAAUUUUCAUUAGCUCUUACACCAUAAAAACUUCUUCAGUGUGAUAAAACACACAAGAUGUAUUUGUUUCUCUUCGAUGAAAAUCAUGCCUAUCACUAGUAUAUGUUUGACAGUUGUAAUUCUUAAAAUAGUAUUGGAUGUAUGGCUUGGUAGAGAUAAAAAUUAGUCCUUAUCACUACUUGUUAGUCAUUAGAACUUGGAGAAGGGCACAGUUGUAACUUUGGUGGGGCAAUGACCUGCCCCUUUCAACUAAUCUUACUGGUAAUUGUCUCUAGUCUUUAAGUAAAUUAAGGAUGGACCAUCCCUCAGCCAAAACUUUGAGGGUAUGAAAUAGGUCUGAGGGCUUUUAACCAUGGGGAAAAAGGGUGUUGGUAUUACUCAUAUAGAAUAACCUGAGGUUGGAGAGGACCACUUGGGAGCCUGUAACCAAAACUAGAAGGUAACUUCUGGAACGGAGGGAGGUUCUCUUGAGACAGUGCCAACCUAAAUCUACCUCAGGUAAGUAGUUAGAGGAACUUUAUCAAGAUUUCAGACCAAACAAGACACUUGUAUUCAGUCAGUGUAUUCCUAUACUUUAAUGUUUUUGUUUUCCCUUAAUUCUUAAAUAAAAACAUUGUUCUGAAAACUCCA